AAAAUGCCGUUUUAAACGUAUGUCCUCUAAUUGUAGGUUACCGACUAUAAAAUGACCAGGGCAUCGGUUGGAUGGCCAGUGUCGUUUCUGGACAUCUCUGAGGACAUUUGACUUACCAUUCGACAUCAUCAUGAAAGUUGCAGUCGCUCUAUUGGCCUUGGCCACGGUGGCGUCGGCCACAGUGGUCACAAAACCUGUUGCCCCCACCAAGCCAAAGGUGUCAACCAGUGUCAAGCCAUUUGUCACCUACAAGAAGGCUGUUGUCACCAAGAAGGUUCCGACUGUCAACUACAAGCAGGUGGUAAGGUACGUCCCCAGGGUGGACGUCGUCCCAGUUCACGGUCACAGGCUCGUUCAGAACACCGUCAAUGUCCCUGUCAGAGGAUACCACCUUCAACAGACCGUUAUUGGCGCUGGUCCAUACGGCGGUUAUGGCGGUGGCUACGGCACUGGGUAUGGUGGUGUUGGCGGCGGUUACGGCGGCGGCUACGGCGGCUACGGCGGCUACGGCGGCGGCUACGGCGGCGGCUACGGCGGCGGCUACAGCGGACUCGGCGGUUAUGGCGGUGGAUACGGCACUGGCUACGGGCAUCGGUUGGAUGGCCAGUGUCGUUUCUGGACAUCUCUGAGGACAUUUGACUUACCAUUCGACAUCAUCAUGAAAGUUGCAGUCGCUCUAUUGGCCUUGGCCACGGUGGCGUCGGCCACAGUGGUCACAAAACCUGUUGCCCCCACCAAGCCAAAGGUGUCAACCAGUGUCAAGCCAUUUGUCACCUACAAGAAGGCUGUUGUCACCAAGAAGGUUCCGACUGUCAACUACAAGCAGGUGGUAAGGUACGUCCCCAGGGUGGACGUCGUCCCAGUUCACGGUCACAGGCUCGUUCAGAACACCGUCAAUGUCCCUGUCAGAGGAUACCACCUUCAACAGACCGUUAUUGGCGCUGGUCCAUACGGCGGUUAUGGCGGUGGCUACGGCACUGGGUAUGGUGGUGUUGGCGGCGGUUACGGCGGCGGCUACGGCGGUUACGGCGGCGGCUACGGCAGCGGCUAUGGCGGCGGCUACAGCGGACUCGGCGGUUAUGGCGGUGGAUACGGCACUGGCUACGGCGGAUACGGUUUCGGCAACGGUUUCGACUUCAUGAGAGGUUUCAUCGGCAACAGAGUGGGCUUUGGUUUGGGACCUGCCGGAUACGGUGCCGGUCUGGGAGCUGGUUACGGUACCCUUGGUGCUGGUUACGGCGCUGCCGGUUACGGUGGUGUCGGUUACGGUGUUGGCGGCGUUAAAGACCUCGGCGUCGGCUACGGCGCCACAGGAGGCUACGUCGACGGUGGCUACGGCACAUCUGGUGUUAUCAACGGUGGAUACGUCGAUGGCGGAUAUGGCACCGCUGGCGUUGUGAAGAACGCCGGUGGCUACGGCACAGUUGGAGUGGUUGACGGCGGAUAUGGAGGUGUUGUUAAUGGCGGUUAUGGCUCUGUCGGCACCCUUGGUACUGUUGGCACUGCCAAGAAGGUUUAA